UCAGAAGGUGUGAAAUGAAGGACAGAAAUUCAGACUUGACGGUUCCAGCUAGUUUUCAGGUUUUGAGAUGAGCUUGAGCUGUUUCCAUGGACUCUGCUGGAUUAUUUUUCUCUACUUUUGGCAGAUCUGGGAUUGAAAGCGUUUGACUGAUCUGUUGAAGCAGGAGAGGAGCUGUUCCAGGUAAACCUCCAGCUCUCUGAUCUGACGGGCCCUGGAUCGCUGUGGGGAUGCCUGUGAUUGUCCUGGAGGCCCGAGACUUCAUCAGUCCCAUCUUCUUGUUGCGCACCUGGGAAGUCCUCUCCAGCUGCGUGACCUUCAGCCUCGUGGCCUCGCUGAGCGCUGAGGAGCUGAGCCAGUGCCCUCAACUCAACACGUUCAGGAUCUUCUGCAUGUUCAUCUGGUGCUUCUUCUUCACCGUCACGCUCCUCAUCCACAUCAUCAGCUUCAUCCAGUUCCACAGCCUCAUCCCCAUCUCCUGGAAGAACCUGACGGUGACGGUGGCGGUGCUGGGGGCCCUGCUGAGCCUCAGCGCCUCCGUGCUUUUCCCCUGGCUGCUCAUGAAUCGGGAGCAUGUACGGCCGCGAGCCGUGGCGGCGGCCGUGAGCUCCGCUCUCACCUUUCUGGCGUACGCUUUGGAGUCGCUGGUGCUUCGAACUCAAGCCCAGGAGCAGAGAGGCUACAUGGGAAGCAUGUCGGGUCUCCUCAAAGUCCUCCAGCUGUGGGGCGGGUGUCAGAUGGUUCCGCUGGUCGUGGAGCUGCUGACGGGAACACCGACCGGGCUGAAGCCGUGGCCGUUCUGGGUGACCGCCGCGUCUCACGGCGUCUGCCUCCUCCUGUCUCUGGUGACGGUGGUCGUCAUCGUGGGCGACUUCACCGGCCGCUGCUUCCUCCCGUUCGACAGGUUUCUGGCCGGAUUCAGUCUGAUCGGGGUGCUGCUCUGCAUGCUGGCCACGGUCAUUGGUUUCACCAACAUACUGCAACUCAGAACCCAGAACCAGUUAGUCGUCAUGGAAACGGUGGUUUCCAGUGUCACACUGCUGGCUUACACUGUGGACUUCGCCUUCUCCAUCAAGCUGCUGUGUGACCGCAGUCAAAUGUGAGAACAUCCAAACUGAAGGAACGACGGGGGACCGGAGGAGGAUCAACAUGAUGAGUGACCAAACUCUAAAGACUAAACGACUGGCAGUUUGUCUAAACCUUAAAAUCAGAACACAAUGCACCCAAAAAGACACCGUGAUGAUAAAACUGUCUCUCUGUUCUAGAAGGUGUCAGUUUAUUUUUUUUAUCUAAAAUCAGAGCAAGCGGUGACAUGUUAAUGAUAAACAGCAGCGGGUCCAGUACUGAGCCUUGAGGAACUCCACAUCUUAUUGAUUUCCCAGAUUUGAAAUUCUGACAUAAAGAACUCCCAAAGAUUCAUAAAGAUAAAGCAAUGUCUUUUGGUUCUGUUUUUUUUUCAGUGUUCAUCAGACGAACUUUUAAACCUUAGGUUGUGUUACAGUUACAAUAAAUGUUGUACAUGUAGAAACAGCUCGAAAAGUUUCAAUCCAAUUUCAAUCCAACUUUUCUAAAUGCAUGAAGAUGUGUUGUUUUUUAAAUGUUAUGUAUGUAGAAACAACUGAGAAAGCAACUUCAGUGUUUUAAAUCAUUUACUUUUAUGAAAAUUAUUGUCAUAAUUGUUUUCCAUCUAUUGCUGUUUGUUCAAAAGGCCUUACAGAAGAACUAACAACAAUCAGAACCUCCAUAGUUUAUUUUUUAAAAAGUAUUUUCACUGAUGUGAAACAGUUCAGACAUUCUGACCGUGAUGAAUAAACUAGAAAUACAUUGCUGUAAUUCAAGUCUGUUGCUGUUUUGGUGCUUUCAAGUAUGUGAUUUAAGUCAUUCUUAAAUUCUACAGUGUUAUCUAGUUUGAAAAUCAUCGCUCACUAUAUACGCCUACAUUUUUUUUUUUUUGCACUUUCUUGGACAAAGAGAUGCUGUUCUUUAUAUCGACAUUUAAAACGUCCAAAACAGACGAUCAUUUGAAAAUGUAUUGUCUUGAGAAAUGCGUUUUAAUCAGAUGUUACAGUAAAUGAAGUAAAUCCAAAUGCUUGCGAUUCACACUGUGAUUAUAUAUGAUUAAAGUGACCAGUGUUUUGAACGGGGAACUCUUUACUUUUACUUAUCUUCACCAAGCUUUUGUUUCAGAUAGUUUCUUUUAAGAAAUGAUGUUAUGAGCAACUGUGUGGAGUUGCGUUUCCACCGUUUUCCCACCAGAGUUUCCCACUGAGGUCGACAAACAGGAAUAAUUUUACUGAUGUGAAAGAAUAACGUGACAUUUCUCACCGUCAACACACAGUACAGUCAUUAAACCUGCACUGUGCGACAGAACAGUCAUUAAGCCUGGAUUUUGUGACAGAUGAAGCACUCUUUACGGACAGAUUGACAGGUAUCCAUUGUGGUAGCUGAGUUUGUCUUGCAAUGUAAUUCCUAAUACAGGAGCUAAAUGAGAAUUAGUCAUUAAUAAAUAUUUAUGUCACUGAAAGUUUUUAUAUUUGGAAUUCUCUUUCUGGAACCGUAGACUAGAUUAAAAGACAGCGUGUGUGAAGAAUUCCUCUUGUUUCAGGCACUGUGUUCAUCUCUUAGUCUUCUCCUGAGGCGUGCACACAGAAAUGGGUCAUUUGUAACUGAUAAAACCUUUGAACCAACAGCUGUUCAUCAAGUUUAGUAAACCACGGUCUUGUCCGCUCUCAGAUUCACAAAUUAUCAGCACAUGUUAAAGAAAACCAGACUAAAAUGCUUUUCUAGGCUCACAUUUCUUUUUUGCAGAAUCUGCAAGAUUUAAAAAAAAAAAGAUUUAAAACCAUGGAAAAACAGCAAUGGUUUCACAGAAACUGGAGAAUGAUUAUUAAAGUACAUGUUGUGUGUUAUCGCCGCAGUUUUGAUCGUUGAAAUAAUUAAGAAUACAUCAUGUACAUGACAGACGUGUUCAUGGUCAUGAAUAAUAAAACUGAAACAGCAUCAAAACGUCAAGUAAUUUAAAUCCUCAAGUCACAUGAAGCAGUUUGAUAAAGGCUGUUUCCAUCUGGCAACACUAGGUGGCAACAGAACAUUGACAUGUAAACCAGCAGAAAUCACAGGACUCAGACUAAAACCUCCACACCAAAGUAUGCUCAGUUUUUCCAGUUAAACGUGUAAAAAAGCUUUAUUGAUUCAACCGAACUGUAUCGAGAACAAGAAGUCACAGCU